GAAUUCCCUCGAGUAAAGUCCGGCCAGAAGAGGCACGGAGGGGGGAAAGAGAGCGAGCCAUGUCGUCUCCAUCAGCUUCGGUAGUCCAGCAGCCGCAGCAGCAGCAGCAGAGGAGUUGGUGGUGGAGGCAAGGAAUCUCAAGAAGACCUAUCGCUUCCAAAACUCCUGCUGCUGCACCCGUUGUUGUUAUCCAUCCAGACAUAGAUCCUCCUCCCAAGCCAUGGCCCCUUGCUCAAUUCCUUGCCUUUGGUCUCAUCCUCUUUUUCUCAUACCUUCAGUUCCUGCCCCCUACCCAUUUCCGUGAUCCCUCCGAUCCCUUCCGCAGCUGGAUUCCCUUUGACAACUCCUCCUCUUCUAGCAAUUCAAGAGCACCUAACUCAACAGGAGGCGGGGAGGUUGGAACUAUUCAUGUCGUUUCUUGGAUGGACUGUUUGGAUCUUCGAAUGCUUGCAGUUCUUGCAAAUUCAACAUUGUCAAAUUCAAGAUAUCCAGAGCGCAUUCAUUUCCAUUUCUUCACACCUGAAGGGAAUGAAGAUAAAGUAUCCUACUAUAAGCUGAAAGUGCUAUUUCCACAUUCAAACCUUGAUAUCAUAGGGCAAAAGGAAGUCAAAGAGAAAUUGAAGAUUGCUACCUCUCUAGGUGAAAAUGUGUGGCCCUCUCUUCAUGAAAUAGCACCUUUUAUCAUCCCAAGCACCCAUCCAUCUUUGAGCAGGUUCAUAUAUGUUUCGCCGGAUAUAAUCUUGAAGGGAAGCAUUGAAGAACUCUUUGGAAUUGAUUUGAGAAGCUAUGCCAUUGCAGCUGCUGAGGACUGCAGUAAACACUUGAGUGACUAUGUUAAUUUUGAUGUCUUGGAUGCCAUACAAAGAUCGGCUGCAAAGCCUUGGGUGUCUAUGAAGCCUUAUGAGAAGACUGCCUGCGCGCCCGAUCUUAAUGUGCUUUUAAUUAGUGCAAGAAAAAUGGAGAAAGAUCUCGUGGAAGCCAUUGUAUGGUGGAGUAAAGUUCUGAACAGUGGGCACAAAUGGAGUAAUCAAAUCAAUCCUGCAAUGGCAUUAGCACUCUAUGGGAAAUACCUUGAGCUUUCUACCACUUGGAAGGUCAGCGAUUCAACACCAUCUAAAACCAACAACAAUGAAACAAAGGUCUUUCGCUUUGACGGGCCUAGGAAAAUCUGUUCAUCAGAAGACAAUCAUGACAUUCAACAAUCAAAUCUCAGUAACUUUUGGGAGCAGUACAUUCCAACCAUGUCUGGCAGCAUCCUGGUCAACUGAGGAGACAACAAUUCAAUUUCCUUGUGGAUCUCCUGUAUACCAGUGUGGUCUUGGAACAGGUGUAAGAUUGUGAGCAGAUCACAUGAAAAUCCAUCCGAACAAUCAAGUUUUGAAGAUGGGUUGAAGGUUUGUUUAUUAGAGAGUACAUUUCCAUCAGGGCAUUGUAAGUCAUAUGUAAAUUCUGUAUUUCUGCUUAACAACGUCAAUUGAACGUUUUACAGAAGUGUUCAACUUUCAUUCCGGUAUGGUAGGUUUUAAUAUAAAACUAAGCUUGUAUAAGCUAGUAACCUGAUUUAA